AUGGAACCAGUGGACAAUAAAGAUCUACAUAGUGCAGAAUCUGUAAGAUGGAUUCUGGAGAGCAUUGAGAUUGAUAAAAUGGCUGAUGUCCCAUUAAUUGAAGAUGAAAAUAUGGGUCCUAUACAGAAAUUUACAAAUCAAAAAUCUUUGGAGAAAAAAGCAAGCAUAACAAGAAAGAGGAACCAAAUUCAGGAUAAUGCUCCUAGGAUGGGAAGAAUGAAUUCUGGCGCAGCUCAAGGGCUUAGGGGCCUACGAUUUCUUGACAGGACAACAACGGGGAAGGAAGGAGACGAGUGGACGGUGCUUGAGAAACGAUUCAAUCAAUACGCUCUUGAUAAUAUGCUGUUUAAGGACAAAUUCGGAGCGUGCAUUGGAAUGGGUGAUAGCACAGAAUUUGCCUCCGAGUUGUUUGAAGCAUUGGCAAGGCGUAGGAACAUCAGCACAGAAAAUGGGAUUAGCAAAGAAGAACUAAGAAAAUUUUGGGAAGACAUGACAAACCAUGACCUUGAUACUAGGCUUCAUAUUUUCUUUGACAUGUGUGACAAGAAUGGCGAUGGAAUGCUAUCCGAGGAUGAGGUUAAAGAGGUUCUAGUAAUGAGCGCUUCGGCAAACAAACUGUCGAAAUUCAAGCAACAUGCUGCAACAUAUGCUGCUUUAAUCAUGGAAGAGCUUGAUCCUGAUCAUCAUGGAUAUAUAGAGAUGUGGCAACUUGAAGUUCUGCUAAGGGGAAUGGUUACCUCAGAUGAAGGGAAAAAGUACACGAAGAAGCCACAAACUCUAGCAAGAACUAUGAUCCCAAAACAAUACAGAACACCAGUACGAAAGUUCGUAUCAAAAAAUUCUGAGAAAGUAUACGAGAAUUGGAAGAGAAUAUGGGUACUCACCUUGUGGUUAUGUAUAAAUAUUGCACUCUUUACAUGGAAGUUUAAACAAUAUCAGUUGAGGGGCGCCUUCCAAGUCAUGGGUUACUGUGUCUGCAUUGCCAAGGGUGCUGCCGAGACUCUUAAGUUCAAUAUGGCUCUUAUUCUCCUUCCAGUGUGCAGACGAACUCUUACAAAGCUCAGAGAAACAUUCCUUGGUACCUUAGUCCCCUUCGACGAUAACAUUAACUUCCACAAGUUGAUUGCAUUAGCAAUUGCUGUAGGAACCUUUCUUCAUACUAGUAUGCACUUGAGUUGCAAUAUUGUAAGAUUGACAUCAUGUCCAAACAAUCAGUUUAUGGCUAUUUUUGGACGUGCCUUCAACUAUCACCAGCCGACUUAUUUAGAAGUCGUUGGAACCAUCCCGGGAAUUACUGGCGUAGUGAUGAUAAUUCUGAUGAUUUUCUCCUUCACAUUGGCAACACAUUCAUUCAGGAGGAAUGUCAUCAAAUUGCCAUGGCCUUUUCACCAUUUAGCAGGAUUCAAUGCCUUCUGGUAUACACACCAUCUGCUGGCUCUUGUUUAUAUCCUCCUCAUCUUCCAUGGUUACUUCAUAUUCCUCACCAGAGAAUGGUACAAAAAGACGACAUGGAUGUAUAUUGUUGUACCAAUGCUUGCCUACACCAGUGAGAGAAUCCUCACCCUUUAUGAUCGAAAUUACAGGGUCGACAUUGUUAAGGCUGUCAUAUAUUCAGGAAAUGUAUUGGCACUAUACAUGAGCAGACCUCCAGGAUUCAAAUAUAAGAGUGGAAUGUACCUCUUUGUCAAAUGUCCUAAUAUAUCAAAUUUUGAAUGGCAUCCCUUCUCUAUCACUUCUGCACCAGGUGAAGACUACUUAAGCGUCCACAUACGCACGCUGGGAGACUGGACUACCGAACUUAGAACGAAAUUCGCCAAGGCGUGUGAACCUCAGUGUACACAACCAAGAAGGGGAAACCUAGUAAGAAUGGAAACAAAAGCAUAUUCAGAAACACAACAUUCACAAGAAUUCCCCCAAAUCCUGAUUAAAGGACCUUAUGGUGCACCAGCGCAGAAUUACAAGAAAUAUGACAUUCUUCUGCUAAUUGGUUUGGGGAUUGGAGCAACCCCAUUUAUCAGCAUUAUAAAAGAUAUCUUAAAUAAUGAGGCUGAAUCUGGAAAGGAAGAUAGUCAACCUUUAGAUAAGAAAGGUCCAGAAAGAGCAUACUUUUAUUGGGUGACACGGGAACAAGGAUCCUUCGAUUGGUUCAAAGGUGUCAUGGAUGACAUUGCAGAAUAUGAUCACAAUCACACAAUCGAAAUGCACAACUAUUUAACAAGUGUGUACGAGGAAGGAGAUGCUCGAUCAGCACUAAUAGCAAUGGUUCAAUCUCUUCAACAAGCUAAAAAUGGAGUUGAUGUUGUUUCAGAAAGCCGGAUCAGAACACAUUUCGCAAGACCUAACUGGAAAAAAGUCUUCACGCAUUUGGCCACGACACAUCCAUCUUCGCGGAUUGGUGUUUUCUACUGUGGAAGUCCAACACUUACCAAGCCACUUAACCAGCUUUGCCAGGAACUUAGCUUGACUUCAUCCACCCGCUUCCAUUUUCAUAAGGAAAACUUCUAG